AUGGGUCCCGGCGUUUUGUCCCAGGAUCUCGAGGCUUGCCGAAUGUCCAACGAGGCUCCGAAAGACGAUGAGGUUGUGGCCCGAGUUAGGGCGGCCGUUGCUGGCGACUUCCAGCCAGAGCACGGACUGAUCGACGCUCGAUCCUCGAGGCCUCCAAUAAAGCAGGACGAAGUGGAUCGUGACAGGCGGCGACAGUCCGCAGAAAAGCAGAAGUCCACAGUGGACUUGAAAAAGAAGAAGGAAAAGAAGAGGAACCUCGAUCGUCAAGCGCUGGAGACGCAUCGGGCGAUGUCCAGGCAGAGGUGGGAGCCAGAGGAAGAAUCCCCCGACGAGGACGAUGGCGGCGAUGGCGGUGACGACAGCGAUGAUUCCGAGGGAAUGGCGUCCCGUCUCGACCGGAUCCUCGAGGGCCCUCACCCGACCAUCGUCGACGUCCCGCGGACGGAAGCCCCAAAGGGGGCGCCAAGCGGGCCUCGCGAAAGCCAGCAGAGGCAGCCGUCCCCACGUCGUUCCCGCGCCGACACUCCUCCAGAGCCCGCGCCAGGUCGGACCGUCCCCUGCCCCCAACCUCCUCCCGCGUCUAAGGUAGGCCACCGAGUUAAGUCCCUGAUGAUGGGGCCGCUGACUCGUGGUCACGCCGUGGCCUCGAGCAAGGGAGGAACGGAUCGUAGGAGCGCCAGUCUAGGCGCCGGCCAGGCGGGAGAUGCCGAGCUGAGACCGGCGCCCGCUCGCGAGGGGCCCGGAGCCUCGACGCGGGGUGGCUCGAAGCCUGCUGGUCGAGGGACCGGCUCCUCCGACCCCCGGUCGUCGACUGGUGUCGAGGGCGCUCUGCCCCGUCCAUUGGUGGGGGAGUCUGCUCCACCGUCACAGAAAAGGAUCGAGGCGCCUCGUCCUCAAGAACAGGAGGGAGCCCCCGAGCCUCCACGCUCUAGGGUCGAGGAGGAUCCUAUCACAAUAAGUGACGGGUCCGGUGGCGACGGGCCUUUGAAGGACGCCCGCCCCAUGUACGAGGAGGUCGAGGCCCCUCCUACCACGAAGCAGACGCCUUGGCCCAUCGGGCUCCAUUCUGUCGAGGAGCGGAGGAAGAAGGAGGAGGAGGAGCACGAGCAGGAGACGCGGCAACAGCUGCGUGAGGGACGGCAGCAGCCGUAG